CAGAGCUGCGUGCCUGCAGAGGGACUGGAAUGUGCCCAAGAUAAACCCCCUGAUAACCCAGGAAGCAGAGAUCACACCCAAAGAGUAUAAAAGACGAGAGCUUCGGAAGAGAGAGGACAGGACAAGGAAGAGAGAGACCUGAAGGGACAUCUCAGAAGGCACAGCUCGAACUUCGCUAUUCCCAACGAGCUCGGCGCCAUGGACACUAAAGGCUCACUUUCCUGUGGCUUCCUCUUGCUGCUGCUCAUCCAGCUCCAGUCCAGCAGAGCCAACCCCAUCUACAGCCUCAGCCCUGCCAAAGAACUGGCCAGCAUGGAGGCUCUGCUGGAGAGGCUGGAGGAUAAGUUUGCCAUGAUUGAAGCCCUGGAGUCCAACCCUGACCUGCAAGAACCCAAAGCCCAGGAGGAGAUCCGCCCGGAACUCGGCGACGACAGCGAGGACCAGAAGGCUGAGCCCAGGCUGGCACCCAACACCCCCCUGUCCUACAGGGAGCCCUUCCUCAAGAGGCUGAGGGGGCUGCAGAUGCCCAGGAUGGUGAGAGAUUCCGGGUGCUUCGGGAGGAGGAUCGACAGGAUCGGCUCCCUCAGCGGGAUGGGCUGCAAUGGUGAGUCCUGCCCGGGCCACUUCACUGUGCUUGUGCCACCCUUUAAACCUUUAAGAAGACACAGUUUGAGAAAGGAGUUAAUUUUAGCCUAG